AUGCUGGAUGCCAUAAAUCCGCCUACAUCACCUCCACAGUAUGAUUCAGGAGCAAAUACUCCACUUUUAUCAUCACAAGCAGAUGUCCCACCAUCAGAUCCAAUUCAACCAAAUCCAAUAUCUUUAGAUUCACCAUCUGAUUCUACAACAACAACAACAGCGACGACUACCACUACAGGUAAUACACAACAACAACAACAACAGCAAGCACAAAAGAGACAUAAACCAGGUCCAGUUGCAGGUAAGAAACCUAGUGCAGAAACAUUGCAACGUAGAAAAGAAGGUAGAAUUAAAGCUGCUGCUACAUUGGCACAAAAUUUAGCUAAAACAGGUAUUGGUAGAUUUGAACAAGAAAAUGGAUUUGGAUUAACUAGUGUUAAGACAAUACCGUUAAUUAAUCAAAAAAAUUAUUUCACUGAAUAUUUGAAAAAAGAUGAACAAGUUGGGUUUAUUAGAAAUUGGAGACAUGAAAGAGCAUUACAACAAAAGCUCAAGAAAUUAAAACAAGAUGAGCAGCAACAACAACAACAAAAUUCACUGCUGGUACAAACUCCAAGUGGUAAUGAUAAAAAAGAAAUUAAGAAUUUUGAUGAUUUUAAUUUAAAUGAUAUUGAAAUUGAAAUGAAGAAAGAAAUGACAGCUGAAGUUGGAGUUGAUGAUGAAGAAGAAGAGGAUGAUGAAAAUGAAACUGAAGAAGUGCGUGAAGAAAAGGCUAAAAUUGGUGAGGAUGUAAUUAUCUUACAACCCGGUACGAGAUUUAUUAGAAUUGGUAAAGCGACAGAUGCAGUUCCAAUGGUUGUACCUAAUGUUAUUGCUGUUCGUAAACAAACCAAGACACCCAAAUUGGAUGGAAAUUUCCCAACAAGAAGUUUUAAAGAAGAUGAAGAAGAUGGGGAUAUCAUAAUAGAUGAAGAAUUUGAUGAGCAAAAAGCAGUAAUGACUAAAGAUUUCCGAGCAAGAAUGAGAUUCUAUAAAAGAAGAGUAUUACCCAAUUCCAGAGAAACUGUUUCUAAUUUCAAUCGUAAACGUGAACCAGAGAAAAUUCAUGAUCAUAAUGAUCCAAACAAGAAGGAAUGGAUUAAAGGAGGAGCCAAAGAAUAUUAUGUGGGAGAAGAUGCGUUGAAAUUAAUUUUAAAUGAUGGAUGGAUUUUAAGAUAUCCAAUGAUCAAUGGUAAUUUUAAUGAAUAUUCUUAUGAUUAUGAAUCAAGAGAAGAAAUCUUAGGAGAUUUGUCUAAUAUCCUUGGAGAAUGCUUAAAACAAUUGGGAAUUGAGAAUAUUUCUAGAUUUAAAGUGAUGUUAUUAAUACCUGAUUUAUAUGAUAAAUCAUAUAUUGAAACGUGGGUUGAAUUAUUAUUUAAAUUUAUUGGCUUUGGUAGAGUUGGUAUUUUACAAGAAGCAGUUGCUGCUACAUUUGGAGCAACUGCAAGUACUGCAUGUAUAGUUGAUGUGGGUGCCCAAACCACCAAAAUUAGUUGUGUUGAUGAAGGGAUGAUUAUCAAUGAUUCAAGAAUAUUGUUGAAUUAUGGAGGUGAUAACAUUACAGAGACUUUUAUUAAAUUAAUCUUGGAAGAUCAAUUUCCUUAUAAAGAUAUUAAUUUGAUUGAUUCGUAUGAUUGGGAAUUGGCACAAGAAUUGAAGGAAAAAUUUAUAACUUUUCAAGAUGCAGAUAUCGCCGUACAAUUGUAUGAUUUUUACAAGAGAAAUCCGUUUAAACAAACAGCGAAAUAUGAAUUCAAAGUAUUUGAUGAAGUUAUGCUUGCCCCAAUGGGAUUAUUCUUCCCUAAGAUAUUCCAAUUGGAGAAUAAGAAACCAUCAAUACCAAAUUAUAAUUCCAGUAGUAAAACGAACAGACUUACAGUUGAUAACUUAUUUGGGAAAUCAUUAGAUCAGUAUAGCAAUAAACCAAAUAAUCCAACAAGUAAGAGUCAAGAAGAAUUAAAAACACAAGUUAAUUAUUGUGACUUAACUGAUGAAGAAUUAUUAAUGAAAUUAAUUGGAGAAGAAAUAACCAGAGAUGAUAAGGUUGAAACUGAAGAAGGUGAUGAAAGAUUAUUUGAUGUACCUUUAGAAAAGGCAAUCAUUGAAUCUAUUACAAAUGCAGGUUUGGCAUCGGAUAUGAGUAAAAUCAAAAAGUUUUAUGAUAAUAUAUUAAUUGUUGGAGGUGGAUUAGCCAAGAUCAAUGGAUAUGAUUUAUUAUUAACUGAUAGAUUAAAUAUCUGGAGACCCAAAAUAUUAUCUACAUCAGCAUUAGAUGUUGUAGUUGGGCAUUUGAAUGAUGAGAUUAAAUCCAAUACAAUAAAAAGACAAAAUCUAAUUGAAGAAGCAGAACAGAAAAUUAGAGAAAGUCAACCAGUAGAGACAACUACUGAUGCUGAUCAACAACAACAGCAGCAACCAACUGGAGAAGUUGAAUUACCAGAAGAGACAAUUGAAAAAAUUAACAAUCAAACAGAAUUAAAAUUAGAUAUUGAAUAUAUUGAUGAAUUGAUUGAUAAGAAUGGUAGCCAUUUACCAGUUACUAUAUUACCAUCACCAAGAGAAUUUGAUCCAUCGAUGAUUACAUGGAAAGGAGGUAGUGUUUAUGGUAGAUUAAAAGUUGUUAAUGAGAUGUGGAUCACACAAAAAGAUUGGGAUUUAUUAGGUAGUAGAUGUUUAUAUUAUAAGAGUAUAUUUAAUUAUUAA